CGCGCGGGCGGGCGGGGGCGCGGGCGGGGUUCGGCGGCGCUGCGGCGAGCGGGACGGGCGGCCCGGGGAGGCUGCCGGCAGGCGGGAGGCGGCGGCUCGCCUGCCUGCUCCUCGGCCCGGCGGUUCCGCGGCGCUGCCGCCGCCGAAGCGAAUGGGGAGGCGGCGCUGAGCGGGCUGCCCUCCGCGGGGGUCGGCCGCCGACGGCAGCGGCGCGGCGGGCGAGCGAUGCCCCUCACUUUUCUGCUCGCGCUGCCCUUCCUCUUGCUCCGGCUCCUGGCUUUGAAGCUGUUGUUUUCCCCGGCCGCCGCGAUGGCAGGAAACUUCCCGGAGGGUUGGGCUCAGGCCGGGCUUGUGCUGCGCUGGGCUCCGCAGGGCACCGGCCACGCCGUGAGGUUAUUUGGAAAGGUGCUGAACAGAACAGCACAAGAUGACUUCUGAUUCCUGCUUUUCAUGGGAGCCUGUCUGGAUUGUCCCUGCAGAACUCUACAGCUUCCUUCCCUCUUCAGUGUGCUUGGCUUGCAGAGUCAUAAACCUUGGUGGAACUUUGGAUCUUAUUCUAACAGAUAUGUUAAGAAGACUAGUAACGGAAAGGUUUAUAAAGACCAAAGAAAGAAGAGUUUUAGCUGCUCUGUAUGCUUUAGCCUGUAAUUAACAUUGAGGUUUCCUCUAGAAGAGUUACUGUAAAAUAAAAAUGAAAGGAAGAGAAUGGAGAGAAAGUCUAGAAAAAGUUGACAGAAGUCAGCGUUUUUGCAAAAUGUCAAUGUACAUAGCUUAGUAUACUCUUGCUGAGUUUAACAAUCUUUGAAAUAUAAUAGGAUAAAAUAGAAAAUUGUGACAUUUCCUCCCAUUUAAGCAGGAAGACCUCUAGAAAGUGGGUUUUGUAUGACUGUUUUGGGUUUGCAUGGCAGUUUCGGUGUGUGUGCAUGUGCUACAGGGGUGUCUUCUAGGAGAAGCUGCUAGAAGCUUCUGCUGUGGCCAAUAGACCCAGUUCUGUCCAGCUCCAAGAUGGACCCACCACUGGCCAAUGCUGAGCCCAUCAGCGAUGGUGGUGGCACCAUGGGGAUAACAUAUAUAAGAAGGGGGAAAAGUUACCGCACAACAGCAAUUGCAGCUGGAGAGAGGUGUGAGACCAUGUGAGAGCAACAAGCCGCACACACCCGGGUCAGAAGAAGGGAGGAGGUGCUGCAGGCUCUAGAGCAGAGAUGCCCCUGCAGCCUGUGAUGAAGCCCAUGGUGAGGCAGGCUGUGUCCCUGCAGCCCGUGGAGGUUAACGGUGGAACCCACCUGCAGCCCGUGGAGGACCCCAGACCAGAGCAGAGGGAUGCCCAAAGGAGACUGUGACCCUGUGGGAAGCCCGUGCUGGAGCAGGCUCCUGGCAGGACUUGUGGCCCCCUGGGGAGAGCAGCCUGGGCUGGAGCAGUUUUGAUGGCAGGACUUGUGACACCUGUGGAAGGGACCCAUACUGAAGCAGUUUGUGAAGAGCUGCAGUCUGUGGGAAGGACUCGUGUUGGAUGAGUUGAUGGAGGACUGUCUCCUGUGGGAGGGACUCCACACUGGAGCAGGGGAAGAGUGUGAGGAAUGCUGUCCUUGAGGAGGAAGGCGCAGCAGCAGCAGCAGUGUGUGAUGAACAGGCUGCAACCCCCAUUCCCCACCCCCCUGUGCUGCUGGGUGGGGAGCAGGUAGAGAUUCUGGAGUAAAGUUAUACCUGGGAAAAGGGGGUGGGGUGGGGGGAAGGUGGUUUUAAGAUUGUAUUUCUCAUCAUCCUACUCUGAUUUGAUUGGUAAUAAAUUGAAUUAAUUUCCUCCCGAGUUGAGUCUGUUUUGCCCAUGAAAGUAAUUGCUGAGUGAUCUCUCCCUGUCCUUAUCUUGACUCAAGAGGCUUUUGUUGUAUUUUGUCUCCCCUGUCCACCUUAGGAGGGGAGUUAUUGAGUGGCUUUGGUGGGCACCUGGCAUCCAGCCAGGGUCAACCCACCACAGACUCGAUGUAAUUAGGAUAUUUAUUUAUAAUAAUAUCCCUUCAUGAUACCACUGAAAAGUAAAGGAGAUGGAGCAGUUAAUCCUUUUUCUCAGAAAAAAUGCUGAAGGUGGUCUGGCACUGGGAAAUCAUCUACUGAGAUUGAGCUUGCAGAUGGGAAGGGAAUAGCUGUGCUACGAAAUGAGAGGAGCGGGUCAUAAUGCUGAUGGUCCUCGAUGAAUCCCUGGCAGCAGCCUGAGCAGGCUUGCAUUCUGAUCGCUAGAAGUCCAAACAGGGGCCGUAGGUUAGAUUUUGUUGUCUUGCAGUUCAUUUCUUCAUUGAAGUAUUAGCCAGGGAAGAGUAAACUUUUGAUCCUUCACGAAGCACAUGGUCCUUGUGUAAAUUCAUAAAAGCAUUCCUUCCUUCCUUUACUUUUGUCCAAUGUUGAUAUUAAACAGAACCUGCAUUAAUACUGCGGGCAGGAUUUGUGUUACCAAACAUAAGCUUCUCAUUAGUAGCACAAGCUUGUCACCAUGUGCUGAGAUGGAGCGGAUGGGUUGCCCUCUGAAGAUGCCUAUAUCCCUCUUGUGACUAAAAACAUGGAAACAGCCUGAAGUGACUGUUACAGUGAUCCAGAAUGAAUAAGGUGGAUCUCACUUUAUGUUUCUGGCUGUGGUGAUCUGUUUUUUUAAAAGGGCAUAGAAUUCUGGUUUUCAGCUUGAUCAGAUGCCCCAGUAGUCUGGGAGUGUUUAACUUAAUAGUCCAAGAUAGAGGGGAGUAGCUAGGCACUUAAGAGGGGAGACAACUCUCAACUCCUUUGUGUUUUAUAAAUAAGAACAGCACGUGUGCUAUUAUUACAUGUGGUAUGUUAUUACAAGAAGACAGUAAGUGUAAACUAUAAAAACAUUGUAUCAGCAUAACAAUGAGGACGGGAGUUUCACAGAGCUUCUAAGCAUUAGAUUUACAAGGGAAAAGAGGGUGCACACGGUUAAAUUAUGUGGGAUACCAAGAUGAAUUAACAAAGACAUAUCUAGACCAGUGAAAGCAGGAAAGCUUGCUGCAAGGGAAGUGUUGUAGUGACUAAAGAAGAAUUAGUUGCCUGCACCUUGAUAUGAGUCAGUCACUAAAUGAAACAAAUUGAGAAAUACUUUAGUCCUGUGGACGAGUUGUUUACUAAUUAAUAACAGGUUAGGAUGUUUCACAUGUUUUCCCUGAGGCAUCUGCUGUUGCUGACUGAUAUGGAACCAAGGAUUCUGUAUUGUGUAGCAUAGCUUAGAUAAUAUCGCCUAUCUGCCUGUUUGGUAAGCACUGAAAAGUCUACCUAUUUAAGCUAUUUGAAAAUGUUAUAAAAGUUUUCAGCCGUAGGCAAUUUCAAAACAAAAUCAUGAAGUUAGUUUAAAGAUUAGGACGUUUGAAUGAAGAUACUGAUUUGAUUUUUUUAACUCUUUAUGCAUAAAGUUUGUUUUCAAACACAAAUGUGUUCCGGUCCUGGUUAUAGUAGAAAAAGCUUGGUGAGUGAGAGUAUUGUACAGUAUCAGCAAGACUACAGGAACAAUACCUAUGAGAAAAAGACCACCUAUGAGACUCCUGUGACUGGUGCUUAAGUAAAUUGUGUCAGCCUGAAGUGUAAAUAUGUGUUCAGGAUCCUUUUGUCAUUAAGGAAAGAGAAGUGAUCAUUUGCUUCCCAUUGGUUUCAAAGAGUCUUACUUUGUUUCUUUAAAUUUCUUUCUUUUUCAGAUGGAAAUACUGACAUGAUUUUAAGAACUUUGAUUUCAGACGCUGAAUUUUGAUUUGUUAAAUGACCAGGAAUAAGAUACUGCCAGAACAAAAUGAAAUGCCUUGAAGACCUUUGGUUCUGCUUUCAUUUUUCUUGAAGCAAUGGUUUUCUCAGCAAUGUUGACGCUGGCCCACUCUGGGACCUCAAAUGCUACUUUUAUUGUUUAUGAAAAUGCCUAUACAAAUUUUACCACUCCCCAGUUCUUGCUUCAUAGUGGCACAACACAGCCAUUGAGAUAUAGUUCAGGUGUGGUGCUCACCACUGAGAGAAGUACUUUCCUGGUAAACGCUACAACUAUCCUGCCAUCUCAAGAAGUUUUCAGGAGCUUGAGUUUGCCACUCCAGAUCAUUCUUUCUGCUGCUAUGAUAUUUAUCCUUUUGGUUUCAUUCCUUGGAAACUUUGUUGUCUGCCUCAUGGUCUACCAGAAGGCAGCGAUGCGAUCUGCAAUUAACAUCCUCUUAGCAAGCCUGGCUUUUGCCGACAUGCUGCUGGCAGUGCUGAACAUGCCUUUUGCUUUGAUAACAAUCAUUACCACUCAGUGGAUUUUUGGGGAUAUAUUUUGCAGAGUCUCUGCCAUGUUCUUCUGGCUUUUUGUCAUAGAAGGGGUAGCCAUUCUUCUUAUUAUUAGUAUUGAUCGAUUUCUUAUCAUAGUUCAGAGGCAAGAUAAACUGAACCCUUACCGUGCAAAGAUUCUCAUUGCGAUUUCCUGGGUGGUAUCCUUUGUCGUUGCUUUUCCGUUAUCAGUAGGGAAUCCUAAUCUGCAGAUACCCUCGAGAGCACCUCAGUGUGUUUUUGGCUACUCUACAAGCCCAGGUUACCGAGCCUACGUAAUAGUUAUCUUGCUAAUUUCUUUUUUUAUUCCAUUCCUGAUAAUGCUGUAUUCUUUUAUGGGCAUACUCAACACCGUCCGCCACAAUGCAGUUCGUAUCCACAGCCACCCUGAUAGCAUAUGCCUCAGCCAGGCCAGCAAACUUGGUCUCAUGAGCUUACAGAGACCUUUUCAGAUGAAUAUUGAUAUGAGCUUUAAAACUCGUGCCUUCACAACCAUCUUGAUUUUGUUCCUUGUCUUCAUAGUCUGUUGGGCGCCCUUCACCACUUACAGCCUUAUUGCCACAUUCAACAGCCACUUCUACUACAAGCACAACUUUUUUGAGAUAAGCACUUGGCUCCUUUGGCUCUGCUACCUCAAGUCUGCACUGAACCCGCUGAUUUACUACUGGAGGAUUAAGAAGUUUCAUGAUGCGUGCUUGGACUUGAUGCCCAAAUACUUCAAGUUUUUGCCACAGCUACCUGGCCAUACAAGGCGGCGCAUUCGACCCAGUGCCAUCUAUGUGUGUGGGGAGCAUCGGCAUCUGCUUGUCUCUCUGAAAUGCCAGACCACCUUUCUGAUUAAUGUUUAUCUCAGCACCUGCCUGGAAAGCAGAAAGGCAAAGGUUUUCCUUGAUGACUCAGAUACUUUUAUUUUAUUUUUCAAUCAGCUAAAUGCAUAUUUAAUGUGAGGUAAGUAAAAUUAAGACUUAGGUUUGGGCUUUGAAGUGACAUCUCCAGUUGCUCUUGGGCUGGGAGAAUGCCCACAGAAUUCGGGCAUCCUUGCAGUGGGCUUUUUGAGGCUGUCUGUAACCAGGUACAGGAGGAUUAAUCUACAACAAACGUUAUCAGCCAGGGCUAGGGUUUGGGCUUCUCUUGCUUCCAUCUCCCCUUCAGUACCCAAAAGCACGGGGACCUCUUCAUUGUUCUUGUACCUAAAAAUAAAAUAAUAUCAAUUUUGUCUAUUUCUAUGUAUCCACAGGGUAUUUCCUUCAUGCACAUAGAUAGGUGUAUGAAGGAAAUGGACUGUUCUGUAUGGAUAUUGAGGGACUGCUUGCUUCCUGAGGCCAACUAAACAUUUACACACCAGAUUUUAUUGAGGUCUUCAGUGAAGAACUUAUUUAAUAGUUACCUCUGUUGUUCUCAUCAAUAACUAUCUGUAAAAAUGUUGGCAAUAUUUAAAUUUUAGGAGUAUAAAAGGGACAGAUUUUAAUUUAGUAACUUCAUUUUUUUUAAAAAAGCUGCUAGCUGAGAUUGUGGGUUACAUGUAAAGGCACCCAGGCAGUGACAAUGUUACUGAUGUCUGCUUUCCAUUCCUUGUCAACUUCACUGAUGUUUGUAUGGAUUUUUCUGAACAAAAUGACAGACAGUAAAGGAGUUCCACUGUAAAAAAGUGUUUCAGCGUGUCUUUGCAGUACAGCUUUUAUUUCUCAAUUACAUUUACAUUGAUAGCAGGACUACUGGUUAGUACAUGUUUUCUGUUUCAGAGCUGUCAUGCCGGUUUAUCUCUGAAAGCAGCAAAAUUGUGCUUAGAGCUAGUGUAAUAGAGUGAGAGCAUACACUGUCUCAGAUGGCAGGAACAGGUAUUUUUGCUGUCUUCCGGAGCUAUAAUGUAAGAGGUUUGAAUGAACAUCAUAAAACAUGGUAAUUCGAGAAGGAAAUAAGAUGAGUAAUACAGGAAAGUUAGUGAAAUUACUUUCCUGAAGCGGGAGGGGAAAGCAUUUUGUGGGGAUUUCAUAAUCUCCAGUAAGUAAGUACUGGCUGCGAAGUAGAAAACUCAAACAUCAAAAUAAGUUAAUUUGUCUUGAUAAUUUAGUUUGUUUACACUGACUGUAACAAGGUUUCUGCUCAGAGCUGCAUCUACUGAUACUUGGAGAAAAGAAACUCAAAUUGUGUGGCCCAGACUCAGAGGUGACUUAGACGGUGUUACAAUAUUCACAGUUAUCAGGCUUUAGCAGUGAUCAGAGCGUACAGUGUACAAAGGAGCAUUCAAAAAAAAAAAAAACCAAACCAACAAAAAACCAGAAACAAGGUGACAUAAAGGUAUCCCCACAGUAAUUGUGUAUUUACCAGAACCAUUUGGGCUGUUGUGUCUAAUAUACUGUCUUUAGAGCAGUGCCUUGAUAAUGACAGCUGAAGUCCUAGGACCAAGUUGGAAGGCUGCUAAACUGCUCAGUCUUACUGUCUGUGAUCUUGCCAAGAUCAGCAUAACCUUGCUAACAUUUAUAAUGUUAAAACACAUAUGUGUUGGCAGGAUUGGGGCUACUGAGGCAUCUUACUGGGGUUGACUUUGAGCAAGACCAAGGAUUUUACAAACUGAAAUAGAUCCUUCUUGAUUCUACGGGGCAAUUAUAAUUUUCUUCUUCUCCAGAAAUGAUACUUGUUACUAAAGUGUAUCCCCUCGUGUUACAUUUUCAGAAAUCUUUGGUAUGGAGGAUUGAAAUGAAUGUAUUUUGAAUUAUGUUGCAGUUUAAUUCAUUGUGUCAAAGCAUGCUGCUUACACAAGUCUCAUUUGUACAAAUCUAUUGCUAAAAUGGUUCUUUUGUACUCAAAGUUGUGUAUUUUUGACACUUGUUUCUCAUGUAAGAAUAUUUAUGUAUAUAGAGAAGAAAAUUGUUUUACCUCUUACUGCUUUCUGUUAUGAUUUUUAUUUUCCACUUAUAUGCUUAAUGCUUUCAUAUUUUCUUUUAUUUGGGCAUAUGCAUAAACAACUGUAAGAUUUCAGCAGUCUUUCUGCAACCGUUUGAGAUUUGUAAUUCUCAAGUCAUUCAACAAUGCCCUCCUUUAAAGAGAGUUUGAUUUAUUUUUGUGUGAAAAAUAAAAAUUCAGAGCACAAAUUUGUUGUAGUUGGAAUGGUGAAAUUCUUAAGCCCAGUUUUCCAGGAGCCACUACUUUGCCAUUAUGAACUGGUUUGAUCAUUUUUUGAGGAGUAAUCAUUUUCUGAUGUGGAUAAACUUUGAAUUACUGUUUGAAAACAAGGUGUUAAGUAGAAUGGCAUUGUCUCUUUUUUGUAUAUAUUACACCUGUGAAAAUACCUGAAAAACAAAAACAACAAAAAAAGAAAAAAUAAACAUGAACAUUCUCAAAAAAAA